CGACCCUUCACGUGUUCAUUUCUUGUUGUCGCGGCGAAGGGAACAGACGUACCUGGAAGUCUCUGCGUCCUCGAGCGACAGAUUUUCGAAAGUUUACAUAAAAUUCUACCAACCAAGGUUGAAGCGGCGCCUAUACCAUGCCGAUACUUUCUUUGGAGUCCUUAGGGCUGGACGUGUUACGAGUAGAAGACCUAAAUUCUCUCAAUAACUGCUCUAAAGGGUUCACGUUUACGUUAGGAAAUGGUCAGCACUCGAUCUCUGGCAAUAACUGCCCAUCCAUAAAGACUGAUCUUACAAUGAACGAGGCAACUUCAGACCUAUCCUCAGUGAAGUCCGAAACUGCAAACUUGGCUCAAUGUCAAGAAUUUAACCCGUUCUUGUCAAACGACAAGGUAAGUGACAGCUUGGCCCUCCUGAUGGCCAGUCAAAUCUCUCAGAGUUGCGAGACUGAGGCAGUUGGCAGCCCAGAGUCCAGCUCGUGUGCCGUCGCAUCACCCAUGUCCACCAGUUCCCCAAGUGAACCCUCAAGCCCAUUCAGCCUGGACUGUUCAAGCACAGCUUCAUCUCCAGUUAUCGAAAGCACACACCAUCUCUGCUUUGAUGAAGACACUAUCAGCUCCCUAGCAUCGUUGUUGGACGACGACGUAAAUAACAACGAUCCCGGAUUUUGGGAAGAGGAGCCUAAAGCAAAAGUACGACGGACUUCCAUUUCCCAGUUAUCACCUGGCUCUGUAGCCCAGGUUCCAAGAAGUCCAGUGGGAGGUUUCGACUUCGGACUGGCAGUCUCUGACCCCAGUUUCAUGUGUGCAACCUUCAACCUAGAAGGUGCUUCUACAGAAAACGGAAACUGCUCUGUACCAGUCAGAACCAGUACCAAACCGAGUAGUCAACGCAAAGCAGCCAAGUCCAAGCCUCCUAGUUUGAACCUGUCCUUCCCAAACAGCGAUGCGGGUGCUCAACUGUCUGUACUUAUUCAGCCCGAGAAGCACCACCGAGCAAGAUACCUCACAGAGGGCAGCCGUGGCAGUGUCAAAGAUGAAUCACAACAGGCAUUUCCCACCUUGAAGCUUGAUGGAGUGACUGAAGGUGUGACAUUGCAUGUCUUUGUUGCGUCGGACCAAGGCAAAAUAAAACCACAUGGCUACUACCAAGCAUGCAAAGUGACGGGCAGGAAUACAACCCCAUGUAAAGAGAUAGAUAUUGAUGGGACAACCGUCAUAGAGAUACCUUGGGAGAACACUGGCAAUACUGGCAGUAUGGAGAUCAGUAUUGACUGCGUUGGUAUUCUGAAGUUGAGGAAUGCGGACGUUGAGCAGAGAAUAGGACUAGCAAGGUCAAAGAGGAAAAGUACUACAGUGCGUCUUGUAUUCAGAGUCUUCAUGAAGAGGCCUGAUGGUUCCAACACAGUACUGCAGGAAAUUUCCUCGCCCAUCUGCUGCACUCAGCCGCUUGGCCACCCUGAGAUAGUCAAGAAGAGCAUGGCAUGCUGCUCCGUCAAAGGAGACGAGGAUCUGUUCAUUAUUGGCAAAAACUUCAUAGCCAAACACACCAAGGUGAAGCUGCAGGAACUCUGCCCUCUUGGGAAAGUCCUCUGGGAAGGCAACUGUGAGAUGGACAAAACACUUUUCCACAAUACCCACAUUGUGUGCAAAGUACCGCCUUACAAAACUCUGGACAUUGAUAGACCUAAAGAAGUCUAUCUGGUUGUUACGAGCGGUCCAAACAAAACCAGUGAGCUCUAUGCUCAUCCCUUCAACUACAUGCCUUUGACUGAAUCUGAAAGGAAACCAGAGAGUAUUCCCAUGCAGUUGCCAUUGGGUAAUGUUACAGCCGUCAAUGUACCCGAAACUGUUGAGACUGCUUCGUCGCCUGUGAUGCAGCCAGUGCAACAGAGUGUGCCUCAAGCCGUGGCCUUCGGGAUUGACGGAGGAAAGAGCUUUGCAGACACACUGAAAGCAGCUGCACAACUUGAACUUAAAAGCCCUGGACUUCUUGCUAAGUUGGCUCGUCAGAAUUCCACCGCAUCAAGUUUUCUUGGGCUGAUAGUGGACUCGAGCGGCACUGCAGCUAUGGCUCUGGGACAGCCAGUGUUAAAAGAACUUAUGCAGUUAGGCAUUGUUGACGUUAAAGUGACAAAUAACGAAGAUGAAGUGGGCAUGAUGAACAUUGAGGAAAAGGGGUUGGUUAUAGAGGAAGGUACUUCUGAGGAGGCGCCACCCGAUGACAUUGAAAAUUUCCUUGCCUGGUGGAAGGAACAAGCUCACUUCAAUGGGACUGUCCCAACUGCGACUUUGGAUGAUGUUUCAUCCGUUCUUUCAUUGUAGAGGAUUCAGUGGCAACCGACGUUUGCGCGGCAUCUGACUUCAACAGUAAGAGUAGAUGAGAGAACACUGUAAAUAUUGUAUAUUAACCUAUAACCUCAAGAGGGGCAAUCGCAUUGCCAACGUAUGUGUACAUGUCUUUUUGUAUUUAGUUUUGUAAAUGCAUUCUUGCUUAGCAGAACCUUGAAUGUACAGAGCCGAUUAUAUUAAGCCAGAGGAUUUCAUUGUCUCUUAACCCCACGCAACAAAAGAUACAGAAACCAAUGACGAAAAAUUAAAGAGAUUUAUAGUAUCAUUUUUCACAACCACACCCUCAGUUCACAUGGUGAUCAUGCUGUAAAUGAGUACGCUUACCAGUUUUAAGGUUGCCAAGGGUUUUUGACCAUCAUUUUUUUGGCAGGUGAAUGUACAUUUGUAAAUAGUCUGAAUUGCUAUAUGUUUAUUGUUCGCAAAGCGUGUUUGUAUUGUUACAUACAGCAUAAAUAUUUAAAACAACUGGUUGUCAACCUCGUAAGCAGAAAUGUUUCUGUUGGUGCAUAGGGUGAAGCAGUGUAUUGCUUUUCAUUGCCCCCGCCCCAUUUUUCAUUUACGUAUAUUCUGUAACGCAAUGUAUAAUGUAUCAAAGUACUCAAAUAUUUGGAUGUAUCUAAUAUUGAAUUCGUUUACUGGAAGAUACUUUUUCAAUCAAAACAUUUUCACUAAGCCAAAUUCUCUACACUUGGUACUUGCUGUAGCCAUUGUCUUUGCAGUGUCAAUAACCAAAGAGGUUGCAAUUAUUUAUGCUUAAGAACAGGAAGAUAUUUGGGGGACGUUGACUUCCAGUAUAAGAGAGAAAUGCCGUACUUUGGUGAAAUUUACAAAACAAGUUUGGUGUGACUUCAACUCAAGUCCACUCUUGCCCGAUUAAAAAUUGUAUUUUGUGUUGACCCAAAUCACAGAUGAACAAAUACAUUGACCAUGUGACUUGGCAACUUGACCUGGAAGUGGGAUUCCCAUGAAAUAAUGUGGAUCUAGUUGUUUCAAUUCUCUUGCGAAGGGCAUGUUGAUGCUUUUAAGAGCUUUGGAAAUCAGCAAGACAGCUGUUAAAAAACUAGGCGAAGAAAUUGAGGUGUGUAAAAAAAUGCUUGAAAAAAGAAAUACUUCAGUAGUGCACUUGGUAAAAGCACUUACAAAUUGCAUGAAAACGCCAUGAAGUGGAAAACUACCUUAAUUCAUGUAAACGCAUAAGGGUUUCAGAAACGCAAAAUUUGUAAAGUUCAACAUUGACUUGAACUUCUCAAGCAAUAUCCAGCAGCUUGAAAUUCAUUUCGUAGUGCCAGGUCACAUGCCUUUUGUCAAGGACUUUGUUUUUCAGAAAUGUCAUAUACAUGUACUCGGCUUCCGUCCCUUUAUAAGACAGAUUGGUUGUAUAAUUUGGUUCACAGCUUUUGUACUAUUUAAAAGAUGGAAGGGGAAAACAGGGUACUUGAAUUUUCUUGUCAAGUUUAAUGCCCGAUUUUUGUAUGUGGGACAUCUUUUUCCCAUCUGACACUGGAAGUUAGACAUGUUCUGUUUCACACUGGAGUAGGUUUUUUUUUGUGAAACUCUAAACUUAGAUGUUCGAAGUGUGAACUGUUUUUCACAUCUUUCCCCCUGGAUGCAACAUGAAAGUACUUGUGCUUUGACCAGACGCUGUCAUGUCACAUUGGUUUUUAAUAGCUUGAAUUUUUUUCUUUCUGAUCCGUGGAAUCACUCUGAAGAAUCUUGUACAAGACUCAUAACCAACGUACAUUUUACUAAUUUGCCCGCCGCUGGUUCUUUUGCUCUGUAGACAACAGCCUUGCAGUUACUGAAUAAAAGUGAUCGUGCAUCGUCAUUGCAAAAUUGGAA